AUGAUAAACUCUAUCUUUGGGUCUUCAAAUGCAAUUCCUCAUUGUUCAAACCUUUUGCCCCAUGAAGAAACAGAAGCAGAAUCAAAAGAACGCCCGGAUUACGUUUGUGACAAAUAUAAAAACCAAGAGUAUGACUACCCUACUUUGUAUGGUGAAAUUAAGACGAAUGAAAACAUAAGUAAAUUAAAUCAAGACCUGUACCGACUGGCUUAUUUCACGAAAAAUGCAAUAGAAACGUACAACUUGGGAACGUGCUUAUCUUUCCAGGCAAUUGGUGCUCUUGUCCAUUUUUAUCCUAUGACUCUGCAACAUCAAUCCUCCUAUGUCUUUAUGAAUAUUGCUACUUUAAAGAAGUACUGA